GUUUGAGUAGUACGUUACCAUGUGGGUUGUUUGCAUAAUUGCAAUGAUUUUUGUUUCUAAAAAUAUACAGGAACACUACCAGUAAUGCCCACAGUCCUAUCAAAGACGUUUAUCUUGGAACGGAAUGCGGCAAGAUAACUGAAAUCAAUGAGUCGAUCAUUGGAAGGCGAAUAGUACAUGAAAAAAAAUUUGGGACUAUCUGUUAUGUUGGUGAGUUGCCGAGAUCCAGUGGGUCUUGGCUUGGAGUUGAUUGGGAUGACCAAUCGCGUGGCAGACAUGAUGGGACUUACGAUGGUGUCCGGUAUUUUCAGGCUAAAUGUCCCACUUCCGGUUCAUUUGUGAGCUAUUGCCUUAAGCAGCAAACAGAAAAUCAAAAACCCAUAACUCCAAAGCGAUCUGUCAUGAAAAGUUCUAAAAUUAAGGCACAGUCCAAACGUGACUAAUAAAGAAUGUUUAGUCCGAGUGGGGUCAGAAGUUUAUGUUGGGUUCUUCGGUUGUGACACUAUACUAUCCGAUAUGCUAAUGAUCCACGAACUGGUUCCAGUCUCCUUCUGGUUCGGUUUAUUGUUUAGUGUGUUAUCAUUCACGAUACACAUAUGCACUCCCAAAGGGUCUAGGCCUUCAAAGGUGUCAUUGGGUACCAGUCUAGAGGAAGCUCUCGUAUAUAGAUAUGCCGUCUGCACAACUUGUCAACUGGAAAUCCAGACUUCUUUGCAAUCACGGGAAAAGCCCACAGGUAGUUCUCAUAAUAUCCUCGUUCAUGAAUGCACCCAACUUGGUCAUCUAAACAGUUACCUUGGUAGUACUGCGGAGGAAGCUGAAUACUUUGGUACUCACGGAUACCCAAAAGACACAUUACGAGUCGAACUUUACACUAAUCCUGGGACUUACCAUCAAUCGACUUCUCAUGACGAAUUAUGUGGAGCAGAUGCAGCCAAAAGUUGUCUCAACCGAUUAAAUAGUGUUAGUUUGUCUUUUGUGCCCGUAUAUCGUGCACUAUAUGGAAAAAGUGACUUUUUCCCUGAUCGACAACCUGAAUACUCACCACUUUGGCCAUCAUCUGGAGGCUGUCUCGACCAGUUUUUAUCCAGUUUAUGCCAUCUGGAAAUGAGCAAUUGUCUGUUGUCAAAGUGGACAGAAAUUGCUGAGAUUUGUAUUCAAAUUCCGUGGUUAAAAUCCUUGAAUGUCAGUAACAACCGCAUUCGUUUACCUGUUUCUCCAAAAGAAGUGCAUGAUAAACAAAAAGAAAAUGAAUGUCUGGAAUCUAGACUUUUAUAUGACAUAUACUCGGACCCUGUCCUAAGUGAACGGUUGUGUUCGAACGCUUUUCCCCAGUUGUCGCAACUUACUUUAGUCAAAUGCUCACUCCUAAAUUGGAAAAGUAUUAGGAGAAUAUUAUGUUGGAUGCCAUCCUUACAGUCGUUAUCUCUAGCUUACAAUAAUUUGGGCAAUCCUCCAAUUGACUGGGAAGAAAAUGCUAUUGAAGUUUUCCAAAAGUUGACUGAAUUAGACUUAACUCAUAUAAAUCUAACGUCCGCUCAUCAGUUAUUCGCCCUUAUUGGAGCCUCCAAAUGUCUGAACAGCCUGUUGUUAAAUUAUAACGAGAUAGCAGACAUUCCAAAUCUAAAUGAUCAUUCUAAGCACAUCUGCCAGAUACACGAUAAAGAUAGUUCACAUCUGUUUCGAUACCUCAACACUCUUGGGUUAAAGAACAACUUAUUCACAAAUUGGAAUUUCGUUAAUCAAUUACUGCAUUUGUCCAAAUUGGAUCAUUUGAUGGUAUCAGGAUGCCCAGUUUUCGAAAACUCUGUCAAUAUAGAAACCGCUCGUCAGGAAGUCAUUGCUCGUUUGCCAAAUCUUAAAAUGUUAGACCGUGUUGAAAUUACUCCUGAAGAGCGCCGCGGAUCUGAAUUGGACUACUUAAAACGUUACGGAGCUAGCUGGCUAAACUGUUAUAAAAGUGAUCAAAAUAGUAAGCAAAAUAACGAUGUUAAACUUUUGGAGGAAUUCUACAAACUGCAUCCUGUUUUCGCCAGACUUUGUGAUAAACAUGGAGCUCCUGAAAUUGGAGAAACCAAGCCAGUUAACCGCUCAAUCAAAGCUGGUCUUCUAUCUCUUAUCUUUAUAUUACAACAUAACAAGAACAAUGGCGCAACAAACAAGUCUAGCAGUCGAUCAUCAUCGCCAAUGGAUAAAAAGGAUCGAAUUCAAAAACAAAUACCUAGUCAAAUGACUAUUAACCAUUUACGUAUGAUGAUUAGACGAUUGUUUUGUUUAUCACCAAAAACACUGUUUGAAUUAUAUGCACAAAGUGGAAGGCAUCGUGGUAUUGUUAACACUGAAAUACCGUUGGAUGUAGAUACACGUGAAAUAGGAUUUUAUAAUUUAGAAAAUGACGAUUAUAUUUUUAUACGAAUAUGACAAUAGUGACUACGUUGUGUUCUAGUCUUUCCUUCCUUGUAUUUACUACUUGGUUAUCUCUUUAGUAUUUAUCUAUGUUGUAUAAUAUAUAUAUCUUGAUAUUCGUAAAAUCAAGCUUUUAUUUAAUUAUUUCCUAUCCACCUACACUUUUAUGAGUUCUGUUGUGUACAUGACACAUUGUUCC